AUGGUGAAUUAUGGUGGUAAAGAUGAGCGAUCCAAACCCGAUAAAAAAGAAUGGAGAUUAAUGUCCUGCAUUUUGAAAAGGAACAAUAUUCCAACAUAUGAGCUUGCCGAUGCUGAAUCAUCAAUAAUGGAAGAAAAUUCAGACACAGACGCGAAUGAUGUAUUGAUAGGUCCACCUACUUUUUCGUACUUAGAAGGUGACGAUAACUAUAAUCCAAAAGCAGAACCAGGACAAGCAUUUGACAAUGUAGUACUCAAUAUAACCUGUAACACUGGUUAUUUAGUUAAGAGCAAAGACAAGAGUCAAAUAUUUUGUAUUAAUGGUAUAUGGUCUGAGCAGAUAACUGACUGUAGUCGUUCAUGUCGCCUCCAAAAAGACCCUACCGUCAAGUACACUUGUCUUCUGAAAGAUAUAAAUCACAGGAGAGAGUGUACAGAUCAAGAACCUGAAGGUACCGUGAUCCAGCCUGUGUGCAAUCUUGGGUAUUAUACAUCCACACCUCUGCCACAAAUGAGGUGCAUUGCUGGUAGCUGGAAUUACCCAGCAAAGUGCAUACCAGAAUGCGGUCGGCUACCAUUAAAACCCGAAAAUUUGAUCCUUAAUGGUCCUGCGGAAGAGCGCAUUCCUUGGAACGCCGCCAUAUACCGGAAACCUUCAAAAACCCAUAUCUGUGGAGGCACACUGGUCAGCCCUAAUGUCGUCAUAUCCGCUGGUCACUGUUUUUGGAACACACAUCGCAACAAACCAGAAAGCCCGGACCGUUACAUUGUGUCACUAGGCAAACAGUACCGCAGUUUUGAUGAUCCCAGAGAUAUGAACUCUCAGACGACGGAUGUAAGUUUCUUUAAUCGAAUUAUAAAACACCAGCCAAAUGCGUAGUCUCCCACGGGUACUGAGAGCUAUAU